AUGGACGUCCUCCAUCAGAAGCAUUUUUGGGAUCAGCUCAACACCUAUGUCAGCCAAUACGGUAUCCCUCUCGUCGUUUUUUCCAUUCUCGUGAGUUUCAAACAUUUUUGUACCUUACCAACGAUAUCUACGUCUUCUAUGCGUACUACUCACUUUUUUCCCCAUAUAGUCUCCACUACUCAAAACUCAUUCCUAAAGUUUUAGAACAGUGAAUGAAAGUGUUAACCAAGAUUUGGAGAUUAGACGGGCUCAUGCUUCAAAUCCUCGCUUAUUUCAAAAAAUCCGGAUAUAAGAAAGCUAGUGUUCAUUACUAAAGCCUAUGUCAUUAAAGUGGAUUGAAUCCGAUGCUACAGAGUGGAUUUGCUCUCGGAUAUCUGAUGCACUACUGGAUGAACAUUAUUCCUUUGAAACGGGCCAACAACAGCAUGAAGGAACAGGCAAAGCGCGAUCGAGAAAAAAACAACGGAAAAGGAAUCGAUGGUUUCUUUAAACAAACAUUUAUUCAAAAAAUCAGCAUUUUCAGACCCUUUCGAUAUAAGCGACAAAAAGGCUCUGCUCAAAGGACGAAUGGCUGACCCUGUAAGCAAGUUAAUAUUUCAGUAAAACUUGCUAGUUUUCCAAAAUACCAUUUACUGGACCAAAGUUUUGAGACGCAGUUGUUGAAAUUUAUCUUCAAUCGUGUAAGACUUCUGAAAUGAACCUACCAAAAAGGGGUUAGAUAAAAUAGUCUCAAAGGCUUUAAAAAAAACAAAAAGAAAUACUCUUGCUUCAUUAGCCAUUUUUCAGAACAAGCUCUUGCGCAAGCCUCGUGUCGCUUUCAACCCGCAAGUUGAAGAGCGUGAAGAGGAAGGUAAUACACAAUUGCACUCAGAAAGAUUAAGCAUGCUGUCUUGACCAUUUCACUUGAAAGCGAGCAUACAAAGCAAUCGUAAAUGUUGUCUUAAGUAAGUUCCGGUUCGUCUUCACCAGAAGACCUCGAAGAGCUGGAAGACGAGGAUGCGUUUCUCGGAAACGAGGAGCAUCGCGGUGAGCCCGAGGAAAUGGACCAAAUGCCGCCUAUCGUCGACCGCAAAAUUCGCCUUGCCACACCGGAAAUUGUAUGUUUUUUUCUACCCUCACUUUUUCAGGCUUAUGUAGGUUCAAGUGAAAUUGCUUUGAAAUGAAUUUUUUUCUCGAAAAAAAUGAUUUUUUUUUCAGCCUCCGGUCGACGGUGAUCGCCUUACAGAAAAUCUAGGAAAGCUUCAUGGAAAGCUGGCUACAGCUCAGCUGAAGGCAAAGACCAAACAAAUGCAAGCAGAAAUGACAAAAGAAGAAUUGGACUAUGUACGUUAUUUUCGAAACUCAAUUCUCCGGUUUUCUCUUAAAUUUAUCCACUAGUACUUGCAAAAAGGAUUGUAGCAAAAUAAUCAUUUUCGAUUCACAAGGGCAUACUUUGAAACAGAGAAAAUGAUGGAUCAAUGGUUCACCGCCUACAAAAUGGCGAUUAAAAUAAUUUUAAAGCGUCAGCUUCCUUUUGAUCGAUCGGAAACAGUGAUUUGGAAAACCGGUAUCAAAAUGGAUUAAAAUCGUUAUUUUAGGAAGCUGAAAUGAAAGCAAAGCAGAUGGAGUCGAUCAUGGCGUUGAUGAUGGAGAACAAAGAAAAGUUCGGUCUUUCGAAUGAGGAAGAAAUAAAAGAUCAGCUCAAUCUUUACAACUUUUAA